AUGUGCUAUAUCCCGAGUUUGAGCGAGGCUAAGGAAUCAAAAAAUAUUAGCACGAACAAGGGCUCGCCUUAUGCUGACGAAGACGCAGAGGAUCGUCAUAUUGAUUCAAUCAAUGUAAUUGUGCGAAUACGACCAAAGAAUAGGGACGAGGAGGUGAUUAAGCCCGUCGUGUACAAGACGUCCGAAACUUCGCUCAUAUUCGACCCCAAAGAGAAAGAUACGGAUUUCUUUUACAAAGGGAAACGUCAAGUGUUGAGGAAUGACUUUGGAAAGAAGCGACCAAACAAGAACCUUAUAUUCGGUUUUGACUAUGUGUAUGGCCAGGAUAGUACAAAUGAGGAGAUAUUCGAAAUUAGUUUGAAAGGGCUCAUAAACAAGGUUCUGGAAGGGUUCAACUGUACGGUGUUUGCCUAUGGGGCCACGGGGUCUGGAAAAACAUACACCAUGCUCGGAUCGGCUGAAGCACCCGGCAUCACUGUUCUGAUGGCCGAGGAGCUUUUUCGACGACUGAGUGACAUGGAGAGCGAUGAAUUUACACACGACAUAAAAGUAUCCUACUUGGAAGUGUACAACGAAACGAUCAAAGAUCUGUUCAACCCUCAGAAAGAAUUGUCCAUUCGAGAAGAUGGGAAACGUGGCCUUCGCAUUCCUCAACUUACGGUUCACCAACCUGAAGGACCGCAAGAGUUGUUGAGACUGCUUCGAAAUGGGAACGGAAACCGGAGUCAACAUGCGACGGAUUUUAAUGCAGAAUCGUCCCGAUCUCAUGCAGUGUUCGAGAUCAGUGUGCUAAUGCACCAGCACUCUCCCACGGAUCGCUUCAAGAAGAGGACGGCAACAUCUCGCCUCUUCAUGGUAGACUUGGCAGGGUCUGAGAAGGGAAGUGUCAACAUCGUUGAUGGGAUGAGACAAAGAGAAGGAGCCAACAUAAACAAGUCGCUCUUAGCUUUAUCCAAUUGCAUAAAUGCGCUCGCGGAUGGAAAGACCCACAUUCCUUAUCGCAACUCCAAGCUAACUCGUCUCCUCAAAGAUUCACUCUCCGGUAAUUGCGUCACAGUCAUGAUUGCCAAUGUCUCCCCAGGCAGCAAUACUUUCGAAGAUACUCAUAACACGCUGCAUUAUGCGAAUCGGGCAAAAAAUAUCAAGGUGUCGUGCAAACAGAACAGAUUUUCUGAAGAACUCAUCGAGGAGGUUGAAUCCAGCAAUAAAAUCAAGGACCUGCAGAACGAAGUUCGUAUUCUGUCUCAAGAGUUGGCCGAUGAGAGGAGAAAGCAUCAGGCGACGAGAGAGUUGUUGGAAUGUCAAAUUGGUGAUAGUGAUGAAGGAGAUGGGGAAGGAAGAGGAGGAGGAUUUGGCGAUCCAGCAGAUUCCAGACUGGAGAAUUAUGCUACUUUACUAGGUUCAGGUCAAAAGGGUCAGAAAAUUGUGGAACAGGUUGGUGGCAAGGUUCCCGCUUCGGCGGAUAUUGUUCAAGACCCCGUUGCUGUGGAUCACUUUGUGGAGCUGCUCAAAGAAAAAAUUCGUGUCAUGAAAAGUUUCACGGAGAUGAGUGUGAGCUUACGCCUUCAUGAAUGGCGGAUGAACUGGAAAAAGCUGGAAGUUGACAGUGCGGAAGUUGUCGUAGGAAGACCCGACACGUCAGAUACGCAGCACUUUCUGUCCUUCACCAAGCUCAUGAACAACCAGAGUGCUUUGGAAACGCAUCAUCCGGAUCUGACAGGGGCUACAAAAGACCUGCAAACCAAUCUACUCAAUCUCAACAUGGAGAUUGAGAAUGUGCACAAAACUUGUCUCAACAGUCUCGAGAAGGAUGCCCCUUUUGUGAAUCAGAGCUUUGAAGAGUUUUUACGACACAAGGAAAUGGGCAUGGAGCUCGGGACACUGGAAAAUCUUGUCAAAUUCCAUCAACAACUGGAAAAAUAUAUAUUUCAAGAGUUGAAGAAUUCACAACUCCAUCGUUUCCAUCUACUCAGGUUUACGCAACGCCUUGUGCGGACUUUGAAGGAGAAGGGAACACUGAACCAAGAGACUGAGAAAAAGUUCCAAGCUCUCCUCACAUCAGUUUACGAUCCCUCUUCUGCCACAACUUUGGAGCCUCCACCACUCUCACAAAAAAAGAGAAUCGAUUUGAAAGUGGAUUUUGAAAAAUUGGAAAAUAUUUUUCAUAACCCAGUCAUCAAUUUCCCCAGAAAUGAACCAAUCAUAAAAACUUGCUCCGUCCUAAGACUAUCUUCGCCCACAGCAGGAGCAACAUCGCCAAGUUCCCAACUCCUCGUAACCAGCAGCAGCGCGUCGGCAUCCGUAAUCAGAAUUAAUGAAACUUCUGCAAAGGACACAAGCGAAUCCUCUGAAGAAGACGAGCAGCAAAUGGUGCUUUCCAUCAGUAGGAAUGCUAAAUAUGGAAAUAUUAAUUCACGCUCAGAUGGUGACACUACAUUCCGACUCGGUAUAAAUUGUCCAGACGGCAUCAGUUCCCCACUCCGGGAAAAUAAGGAAAAUUACUGCGACGAUCCCGACCCACCGAUUUCUCUUGGAUCCAGCAUCGACAGCGAGGAUGCGUUUCUAAAGGAGAUUUCCGAAGAGGAGGAAGAGGAAAGACAACAGCACGCUGAGCAGAUGAGCAACUCUGCCACUGUUGGAGGUCAUCAUAAUGACCAGAACAGAGGAGGAGAUAACCACCACGAGAAUAAUAAUGCUUCUUCACGAACAUCGUUAUCUUCAUCAUCAACGACGACAAGUCCUCCUCACUCUUCCGUUGCAGUAAAGCAUAGAGGAAAGGAAACACGAAGCAAGAGCAACUCUGCUGCUGCAACCCCCUUAAAUUCACUGCAUCGAGGAAGGGCAACGACGGACUUGACGGUUGCAGAGAAGUCAAUGAAAUCUGGAAAUGCAACCCGUAGUCUCCUUUCCCUUGGAAAAGAAGAAACGUGUCCUUCGGGGAAAGUUAGCUUGUCAAAGAAGCAGAACAACACUUUGAGAAGGAUACCUCGUUUGAUUAAAAAGCCACCAGAUCCAGGUCGUCCCUACACUUUUUGUUAUGACGAAACUAGUACGAGCAGUUUCGAUUGCCCCCAAUUCUAAAAAUAUUAAUUGUUGUUCGACUAUAGAUAUUUAAAUCGAUAAGCAAAUAUGUAUGAUAUUUAAGAUUGGCUGAUCUGCUUGUCACGCAAAUGAAUCAUUAUUAUGAAAUCCCUCCUACGUACUCUGAUUUUAAAUAAGAUUUAUUAUGUCGUUCCAAACGACGAACAACUCGA